CAAUGGCUCAAACCUCAAAGGUAUUCUUCUCUUUUGACAGGAUUUUAUAUUGAAAAAGAUUUACUGCACCAUGUGCUCAAAUUAUAUUACUAUCUACUUAAAAUAAUGGCCAAUGGCCAUUGGUUUGUUUUUGCCUCUGUACUAUAAAAAGGAGGCUUAUCUGUAGUUGGAAGACACAAAUUACAUAGUUAACAAUGGAAAUGGAUAGUUUCCGACCUCUUCUCUUCUUAUCUUGGUUUCUUAUUGCCCAUUUCUUCUGUUUAGUAGCCAUAGCAGAGAGAACAACAUACAUUGUCCACUUGGACAAGUCUUUAAUGCCUAAGGUGUUUGCUAGUCACCAUCACUGGCAUUCUUCCACCAUUGACUCCAUCGAGAUUGUAACUCCCGCUUCACUUAAUAGCCGCCAUCCUGUUCCAAAGCUUCUCUAUUCUUAUGACAAUGUAUUUCAUGGCUUCAGCGCUGUUUUGUCUAAAGAUGAGCUAGAAACUCUCAAGAAGUCCAAAGGUUUCAUUUCAGCUUAUAAAGAUAGGUCUCUUGAAGCUCACACUACACAUACCUCUGAGUUUCUUAAGCUCAACCCCUCCUCUGGUCUAUGGCCAGCUUCUGGUUUUGGCCAGGAUGUGAUCAUUGGUGUUCUUGACUCUGGUGUCUGGCCAGAGUCUGCAAGUUUCAGAGAUGAUGGAAUGCCUGAAAUCCCCCAAAAAUGGAAGGGAAUUUGUCGGCCAGGUGUGGAGUUUAAUACUUCAAUGUGCAACAGGAAGCUCAUUGGGGCCAAUUACUUCAAUAAGGGACUAAUGGCCGAAAAUCCUGAUUGGAACAUUUCCAUGAAUUCUGCAAGGGAUACUAUUGGUCAUGGCACGCAUGUUGCCUCUAUUGCUGCUGGUAGCUUUGUCAAAGGAGCUUCAUAUUUCGGAUAUGCUCCUGGAACAGCAAAAGGGGUUGCACCGCGAGCUAGACUUGCGGUGUAUAAGUUUAGCUUUGAUGAGGGAAACUUCGCUUCUGAUUUGAUCGCAGCUAUGGACCAAGCUGUUGCAGAUGGUGUUGACAUGAUAUGCAUUUCCUACGGCUGGCGCUUUAUUCCUUUGUAUGAAGAUACUAUUGCAAUAGCUGCUUUCGGUGCCAUGACAAAGGGUGUGCUAGUUUCUGCUUCAGCAGGAAAUAGUGGUCCUAAUAUGGGAAGUUUAAACAAUGGAGUCCCAUGGAUCUUCACAGUAGCAUCAGGUCAUACUGACAGGUGGUUUUCCGGGACUCUGACACUGGGAAGUGGUCUAAAGAUUAAGGGAUGGAGCUUGUUUCCAGCAAGAGCAAUCAUUAGCAAUUGGCCUGUAAUUUACAACAAGACACUGUCUGCUUGUGAUUCAGCUGAAUUAUUAGCCCAAGUACUUGAUGCUGGACGUAGCAUCAUUGUUUGUCAGAGGAGCGGAGAUGCAGAUGUAGUUACUGACCAAAUGAACUCUGUUGCAGAGGCCAGAGUUGGAGCAGCCAUCUUUAUUACCGACGAUCCAGCAAUACUAAGGUCCACUGAAUUUCCAAAUCCUGGAGUUGUUAUAACCCCCAAGGAAGGGAAACAAGUUAUGAAUUAUGUCACAAAGACUCAUGAACCCAAAGCCAGCAUUAGUUUCCUGGAGACGUAUUUGGACUCAAAGCCUGCUCCAGUUGUUUCUGCAUCCUCAGCUAGAGGCCCCUCUCGAAGCUACCUGGGAGUAGCAAAGCCAGACAUAUUGGCACCAGGAGUGUUAAUUCUAGCCGCCUACCCGUCUAAUAUUGCAGUUGAGAAAAUUGGUACCAAUGUAGAAUUGGCAACUGAUUACUAUCUUGAAUCAGGCACAUCCAUGGCUGCUCCUCACAUUGCGGGAAUAGCUGCAAUGGUUAAAGGUGCACAUCCUGAAUGGAGUCCUUCAGCUAUUCGUUCCGCCAUGAUGACCACUGCCAACUCUUUGGAUAAUACUCAAAAACCCAUAAAAUGUUCUGAGGAUAACAAACGUGCUACACCACUAGACAUGGGAGCUGGGCAUGUUGAUCCUAACCGGGCUUUUGAUCCAGGCCUCAUAUAUGAUGCCACUCCGCAAGAUUAUGUUAAUCUUCUUUGUUCUUUGAAUUUCACAGAGGAGCAGUUCAAAACAAUUGCAAGAUCAUCAGCCAAUCACAACUGCUCAAAUACAUCAUCGGAUAUCAAUUACCCAUCAUUUAUUGCAUUCUUUAGCCCACAAGGGGACUUCACUUGGUUGGAGCAGAAAUUCAGGAGGACAGUAACAAAUGUUGGGAGUGGUGCAGCUAAGUAUAGAGUGAAAGUGAAAUCACCAAGGAACUCCAAUGUUUCUGUGUCACCACAAACAUUGGUCUUUAAGAAGAAAAAUCAGAAGCAGAGUUACAUUUUGACCAUUCGUUACAAAGACGACGCAGAACAAAAAGUCGAAUCUGGUUCAAUAACCUGGGUGGAAGAGAAGGGAAAUCAUACAGUAAGAAGUCCUAUUGUAAUAUCUCCAGAGAUAGAGGUCUGGUAGUGAAACUCUUCAACUAGCACAAGCUCUUGCAUUUUCUAAGUUUGUAAUCUGUGAAAGAGGAUUCUGUCUGAAAUAGCCGGAUUAAGCAUGCUCUUUGAUGUUAUUGUUAAAAUACAUAUUUUCCCUAAAAUAUAAGAGCAUGACUUGUACCUAUAAAAAAAUGUCACCACCAAAGAGGUGGUCUUUUCGUCACUUGGUAGGAAGAGAAUUGUCCAUUUCAAUUCCCUCACAUCCAAAAUAGUAAGCAGAAUAAGAGGAUGGCAUGGUAGAAUGCUGUCUUACGGUGGAAGAGCAACAUUGAUUAAACAUGUUCUCUAAUCUUUACCAAUCUAUCUCCUCUCAGUAGUUUUUCCUCCUAAAACUGUGAUCAAACAAAUUGAAAAACUUGUUGUAAACUUUUUCUGGGGUAUGAAUAAUGAUAGAAACAAAUAUCACUGGGCAUCUUGGCAAAAGAUUUAUAAACCCCAAAAUGAAGGGGGAAUUGGUUUCAGAACCACCGAGGAUGUUUGCAAAUCCAUGGAAAUCAAACAAUGGUGGCACUUCAGAACAAAGGACACUCUUUGGAGUAACUUUCUCAAGGCCAAAUACCGUCAGAGAUCUCACCCCAUCUCCAAAAAAUGGCAUUCAGGCCAAUCACAGACAUGGAAAAGAAUGAUGGCUAACAAGAAACAGG